AACCAACGGGCUUCCGAGAUGAGCGACGGAAGCCAUGGACGACGCACUGCGUCGCCUGCUGCAAGGGACCAGCCUGCGGCUCAGACCCGCCUGGCUGCAGCAGCAGGCGGUCGAGGGUGCGGAUGCCGCAGACCGGCUCCUGCGUUUGCUGGCGGCGGCAGAUUUGCGGGACGCCUGCGAAGGCUCUCUGCCGCCGAACCUGGACCGCCAGCACGACCUGCGGGUCGAGGGUCAGCAUUUCCUCCAAGUGCUGCACUCGGUGGACAUCGCGAAUCCUGUGGCGGCCGACGCACGGGCCGACGAGUCCGGCGAGGCCCGUGGGCCUGAGACGCGAACGGCCAGGAAGAUGCUGAAAGUCUGUGUGACGGACGGCGCCCAGGCGGUCUGCGGCAUUGAGCGCCGUCCCAUCGCGGCACUCAGACAGGCGGCCCCGGGCUCGAAGCUGAUCUUGGGGAACCGGCCGCUGGUGCGGCGGGGGCUGCUGCUGCUGGAGCCACAGCACCUGGAGGCCUUCCACCUGGCGCGACAAAACGGGCCCGAGCAAAGGGGGCCCGGCAGGAACGGACAGGCAAGCGGGGUUUAGUUUGGUGCUCCAAAUCGAGAAGGUCUGUUGGGGGCGGAACUUUUUUGUUUUGUUUUUUUGUCAGGGUA